CCAUGCAGUCAACGAAUCAGUUGUUUACAAACAGAGCGCUCGUACGGAUCUCGGUAGCGGAUGAAAAAGCCGGAACGCGUAUGUUCAUAUUUCAAGACACACGAGUAGUGGCAAGGAAAUGCAAAUAAACGCAUAGGGAGUAAAAAAGCAAAAGAAAUGUGUGUGAAGAAUUUUGUGUGAAAAGCAAAUAAAUAUAUAAAUAUAUUAAAUUUAUAUACUAAAACAACAACAACAACAAUAUGAAGUGUAUGUUUUUGGUGAUUUUAAGGUCAAAAAUUUAUUAAAAAAGAGAGAAAAAUACUGUGAAAAAAAUUAUUACAAAAUAUCGUGAAAAAUUUUUUUAAUAAAAAAAUGAAAUCAAAGCAAAAUCUUCAAAUUCCAGCGAAAAAGAAAAGGUAGAAAGCAAGCGCAAGAAUUGUAAUCAAAACAGGCAGUGGUGCACAAAGCGAAUAAAAGUGUGUUCAUAAAAAUUACGGGAAUCCAAUAAAAACGCGUUGUAUAUCGUUGAGUCAAAGUGGUUUAAAGAAAAAAUAUUAACGAAAAAAAAAACAAAAAUAUUAAAAAAAUAAAAAAAUUAAAAAUAAAUUGCCAACAGCAAGAAAAAGCAGUUACCGCGUCGCCAACAACGCUCUACUUGGCGUAGCAGCUUCUUUGCUACUUCGUCGCUACAACAAACAACUAAUCAAGCUGCGAGUCAGCAAACAACAACAACAACUACAUUCAACACUCGCAUUCAUCCACAUCUUCAGCAACUUAUUGAGCAGCAGCGCUUGCCACUGACUCCAUCGUCAACAGCAACUCCAACGCCGUCGUCGCUGUCGGCGUCGCUUUAACUCUGACUGCGACUGUGACUCUAAAAUGGUCAAAAUGGAAUUUCUUAAAAGGAAACAUUUUUCAUUGUGGAUUAUAACGACAUUUGUACUCGUGGCUGGCAUUUUCGAUGGCUGCGUCGCACUGCAAGGCGUACCGACAUGGAUCUGCCUGGGCGUGAAAUCACCGUUCAUCGAAUUCAGCAACGACAUAGAAGUGCUCGCGAACAACAGUGUUCCACUCAAUAUCACCAAAGAUGAGCAGGCUCUCAUGCAUCAGGAGGGUUUACGCAAAUUGGGCACAUUCAUAAAGCCUGUCGAUUUGCGUGACUCGACGACGGGUUUCGUGAAAGCCGAUCUAACCAAAAAGAUACCGAAUGCCGCGGCGAGCACGAGCAGUAAUGCUCAUUAUGGUAGCGGUGGCGUUGUUAUGGCGCAACGAAGACGCCAUCCGAUACAAGAAGAAAUGGAUCAAAAACAAAUUAUUUUACUUGAUGAGGAUACCGAUGAGAAUGGUUUGCCCACAAGUUUAACAGAUGAAGAUCGAAAAUUUAUAGUGCCGAUGGCGCUAAAGAAUGCCUCACCAGAUCCGCGUACAAUGAUGGCCACACAACGGCUGAUAGGUACCACAACACGUGGCACAUCAACGACGACGACGACUACAAAACGGCCCACAACACCAGCCACACCGGAGUUCGCUUCGAAUAUUGACGAUCUGAAGAAGCAUAUUUUAUUUUUGCAAAAUCUUACGAAGCACGAUAGUAAUUUCCAAUCGAAAUUCGUUGUGUUUCCAAGUCUGCAGAAAGAACGGCAAAAUACAGUUUUAGCGCCAACCACAACGACUGCGCGUCCAUUUCGCUCCAUUUUUCAGUAUUCGGCGCCCGUCACACCGCCUACACGCCAAACGGCCUUUCCGAAUGCCGCGAAAUUGCCCGGCGGUCAACCUUUCGGUGGCUACUAUCACAACGACGAUGAAGACGAUGGCGGUAUGUCGGUGUUUCUCUCACAAGCGGGCAUGAAUGCGCGCGACAAAAUUACAAUUGUGCCACAAGUCUUACUACUGAAUGAUCAGACGAUCAAGAAUGAUACAAACGGUGGUGGUAGCGGUGAUGCGAGAAGUCGCAAUUUUGAUAAAACAGCAGCUGGUAUGCCACAAACUGUGGCCGUCACAACAACGACCACACCAGAGUCUACAACACCUAUGACCAGCACUACACCGCGACGACCCACCAAAAAACCGUUGUGCAUACGCAAUCCAGACUCGCCGAAAUGCAUACGUCAACGUAAGCGCGAAGAGCAGCAACGUCAACGGCACCGCGAACAAUUGCUACGCGAACAGCGCGAAUAUUUGAGACCACACUAUGAACCCUAUAUACAGACCCUGAACAAUACCAAACGUUUUGCAGUUUCCAUUGAGAUACCCGACUCUUUCAAGAAACAUUACAACGAAAGUGCGGAAACAACGACGUUACCCACAAUACGUAUCGAUGAAGGUGAAUUGCAAGUGCUUUCACGUUCUAAACGUUCGCAUCAUAAGCGUCGCAAUAUAGGUGGCGGUCAACAAGGACGUCGCGCCGGAAGUAAUGAUAAAAUCGCUGCUAAAUAUAGUACGAGUUACUUUGAACGUGAUACCGUUAUAACUGGAGCGCGUGAUUUUGUUGUGCCCAAUGCCGAUCAACUGGCUAUGUCAUCGGUAAAUGGCAGCACUCCAAGUCCUACGGUACCGGCCUAUUCGGAGCCAAUCGAUUUGAAUCCCGAUAAUUGCUAUCAAGUUGAUGGCAUGACAUACGGACAGAAGAAACAGUGCGUGCUGCAUACGAGUGUUAUGCCGGCCAUAAGUCGAGGUGCUAGAGCGGCUAUACAGGAAUGUCAAUUUCAAUUCAAAAAUCUGCGCUGGAAUUGCAGCACAACAGAGGAUAACACCGUCUUUGGACCGGUGACGGGAUUGGGCUCACCGGAAAUGGCUUUCAUUCACGCGCUCGCCGCUGCUAUGGUGACCAGCUUUAUAGCGCGUGCUUGCCGCGAUGGCCAAUUGGCGUCAUGUGGCUGUUCGCGUGGCUCGCGCCCCAAGCAAUUGCACGACGAUUGGACGUGGGGUGGUUGUGGUGAUAAUUUGGAAUAUGCUUACAAAUUCGCCACCGACUUCAUUGAUGUGCGCGAAAAGGAGACGCGUCGCGGCACACGCGGCGCUGGCAAUCCGGAGCGUAAACGCGGUCGCUUCCAUCAGCGACGCAAUCAGCAAAUGCAGCAAACAAUGCAGGCGGAUGACGCUUCAGCCGUGGCGACAGGCAGUAGAGCAGCUGCAGCAGCAGCAACAACGACGGCAAGAACGACUACAACAACUAUAGCGACAACGACAACAACGACCACGACAACAACAACAACACCAGCGACAAUAGUAGCACAAUUAGAGGCGUUCGCCGACGAGAAUGAAUAUAUCAGCAGCAGCAGCAGCGACAAGACGAACAUGCAACAACAACAGAAGCAACUAUUUCAGCAACAGCAACAACAAAAUUCCAAUAAAACUGUCAGUGUUGAUGGCAAUCAAAACAGCAUCAACGAAAACAACAACAAUGGCGCGCAGUCGGCGGCGAAUAAUACCAACAUGUCAACAGCAACGCUAACCAACACACAAACAACAACAACAAGAACAGCAGCAAUAGCAACAGCACAAAAAUCAACGCCUAACCGUGGCAGCAGUGGCAGCAAUAACAACAACAAUAACCGCCAUGAAUCGCAUGCUGACUUCUCCUCCGAAGAAGACGAAGUCGCGGCUAGACGCUUUAAACCGGAAGAUUUAUUAGAGUUGCAGGAGCGUAUCGCAAAGGAAAUACUCAAUUCGAAAUUGCAGGGCAAGGAAAUGUUGGAAUUGCAGGAGAAAAUCAAUCGCGAAAUUCUAAACACAAAGGUGUUCAAUAUGGAUGCUGGCGGCGGCGGCGGCAACGGUGGUGGUGGUAGCGGUGGCGGUAAGCGCAAGCGAAGACGUAAAAAUCAACGCGCCAUCAAUGGUAUGCCAAACGAUCAGCAAGCAGAUGCCACAGCUAAUGGCGCGGCCGGCGAUGGUGGUGACGGAGCGGCGAAAUGGAAGAACAGCAUAACGGCCAAGGCACGGAGCCUAAUGAAUUUGCACAACAACGAAGCGGGACGACGGGCUGUCAUCAAGAAGACGCGUAUCACUUGCAAAUGCCAUGGUGUUUCGGGCUCAUGCAGUUUGAUCACCUGCUGGCAGCAGCUCUCAUCGAUCAGAGAAAUCGGUGACUAUUUGCGUGAAAAAUACGAAGAAUCUACGGUGGUGAAACUCAAUAAACGUGGUCGUUUACAAGUGAAAGACCCGCAAUAUAAGGUGCCAACGGCGCAUGAUUUGGUGUAUCUGGAUGAGAGUCCAGAUUGGUGUCGCAACAGUCGACAGUUGCAGUGGCCAGGCACUCAUGGACGCGUUUGCAAUAAAACAUCGUCCGGUUUGGAUGGUUGCGGCAUUUUAUGCUGUGGACGAGGCUACAACACCAAAAACAUUGUGGUGCGCGAACGUUGCAAUUGCAAAUUCCACUGGUGCUGCCAGGUCAAAUGUGAUGUCUGUGUGAAAGUGCUCGAAGAACACACCUGUAAAUAAGUAAAUAAUUAUUAUAAAACACAAAUAAUAACAAAAAAAGCAUACGAAAAUAAAUAACAAAAAUAAAAAGCACAAAUGAUAAAAAUGAGACUACUCAACAACACAUGUCGGCAGCAAGAAAGCGAUAAACGCGAUAAGAAAAUUAGUAAAUAAUGAAAAAAUAAAUUAUAUAUAUAUAUGAAAUUAUCGCACAGAAUGAGAAAAUGUAAAUCUCACGAAACAGUUGCUGCGCUACACGCUCCACACUCCGAUAAAACUUUCAUUUUACCACUGGCAUUAGAAAAAUGUUGGUAACACGAAAUAUAGAAACGAUGAAUUUGUCAUUCACAUACAUAUAUAAUACAAUGAAUUGUAUGAAAUUAUAAUAGUUUUUAAGUCUGAUUAAAUGUAUGUAAUUAAAUGUUAUGUGCGAUGAGCUGAAAUUUGAUACCCUCCGUGUAAUUGUAUGUAUGUAUAUUUAGUGGUGAUCCGGCAGCUACCGUCAUGCGCCACCAUUUGUAUGUAGAAAGCAAAUUCCAUAGUCCUAAGCAGCAUUUAUUUGAUUUAACAAACAAAAAAUAAAAUAAAUUAAAAAUAAAAAUAAUUAUUAUAUAAGCAGUUAAUGUUAAUGCAAUGAAUUUUCAAUUAACAACCGCUAAAUGUAUAGCUUAUAAAAAUGUAUGUAGUUCCAUAUUGUAAUCUAUAGUUUAAGUAUGUAUGGGUGUGCAAGUAAACGCGUGUGAGUGUAAAAUAUUUGUGGUUAAGUGUAGUGUGCGCUUAAUUUACCAACACAUUUCUUACACACUGUAUUUAUGUAGUAAGCUUAAUUAGUUCUUAGAUCUAACUCCUAUAAAUACAUUCAUACACACAAAGAAAACCAUAAUUGCGCAUAGCUUACAACUAUAGUUUAGUGUAGAUUAACGCUUAAAUUAAGUAAUUUUAGUGGUAAGCAACACUUAUUUAAAGAAAAAAUGUAAUGAAGGAAAUGCAAAAAUAUUUAUGUAGAAUUCUAUUGUCAGAAAUUGAAUAUGAGGGCAUCUAUUUUAUUGCUUUUGAACAGCUAUCUAUGUAAAAUCCUACUUGCUUGAUAUAUAUAAGUUGCUAGCGAGCGAUAUUAUGUCAAAAUAAAAGUUAAAGCAGAAAAAUUAGUCUCAAUUUACGUCCCGAAUGUCUUUGAAACCCAGAGUAACAUUUAGAAGUCCACCACUAGCAGUUAAUGAAGUCAAAUCAUCUCCACAAAACGACUUACAACUAAAUUUAAAUUAUUUAGCUCGAUUGACUGUUAUAAAACACUGACUUGGGCACUUAAAUCAUAUAUUUAACUUAUGAAAAAAAUAAUAUUUAAAUAUUUUCAUGUAUUUAAUUAGGUUGCAACUAUUAUACAUAAUGACAUAUUUCAUACAAAAAUUAUCUCAAAAUAGUUCAUAUUACUUGUUUUGAGUUUAUUUUGCAAAAACUUGGUAACUCCGUUAGUUUAGUAGCUUGAUACAAGAAAAAAAUCGAAAACUGUUGCCUACAUCUAGGCGCUGAAAAUAUAUGUAAAGUCAAACGAUUACUGUUCGACUCUAUUAUGAGCCGAGUAGCACUUUAGCCAUGCUGAUAAGACAAAAUAUCAUUAAAGACCAUAUCCUCAAUAUCUGUAUAUGUUUAGUAAGCUUAAUACUGUUGCCCACAUCUAGGCGAAAAUGAUGUAUCUAAGGUUUAUCGAUUACUGAUCGACGACGAACUGUUUACGUCAUGUUGGUGACAUCAAAUAUCUUUCAAUUCCAUGUCUUCAAAUUCUAAAUAUGAGUACUAAGCUUAUACUCAAAUUCUGUUGCCUACUUCUAGGCGUUGAAGUUUAUCGGUUACUGAUCGACUCUAUUAUAAGCCGAGUAGCACUUAAGCCAUGCUGUUAAGACCAAAUAUCAUUAAAGAACAUGUCCUUAGUAGGCAUAUGCUCAAAUUCUGUUGCCUAUAUCUAGGCGUUAAUGAUGUAACUAAGGUUUGAUGUUCAAGGAUUACUGGUCGACGAUGAACUGUUUACGCCAUGUUGGUGACACCAAAUAUUAUUCAAACACACGUUUUAAAAUUCUAGAUAUGCUCGCUAAGCUGAGACACAAAUUCUGUUGCGUUGAAGCUUUAACUAAAGUUUAUCUAAUACUGAUCUAUUUUGAGCUGUGUUGCUUACGUGCGACCAAAUAUAACUCAAGUCCAUUCAAAUUCUGGAUAUGCUUACUAAAAGGAAUAUGUUGCCUACAUCUAGGCUUUAAAAUUAUAGGCAAGAUUUGUCGAUUUCUAAUCGACUCUAUAAUGAGCUGUGGAACACCUAAGGCAUUCUGAUGACAUUAAAUAUCACCCAAGUUCAUUAUAUCAAUUUCUGGAUAUGUCUCCAGCUGCAUUUUCAGGAAAACAAAAAUAUACUGUGAGAUCAACACUCAAAGCCGUGAAUGCGAGGAGCCUACCUUUUAUUAAUUUUUCAAACUUCAAUUAUUCUUCAUUUAAAAGUCCUCUGAGCCAAGCAUAGCCCAUGCAAAUUAAAUUGAAUGAUAGUUAUUAGAUUAUAGAUUACACUAAAUUACAAACUGAAAAUUUGUAUAUAUGAGAGUGUGAGGAAUAUACUAAAUACUUAUUGCUUUAAUAAAAAAAAACAAAUGCUUGCGAGUAGUAAUUGAUAAAAAUAUAUAAGGAACUUGUGUUUAGAAACAAUAGAUAUACACAUUAAGAAUCUCAAAACAUCAUGUUGAGCCCUUU